GAGUAUUUUUUUUUUAUGUUACAUAUUUAUGGAUUUAAAUAUGUAUGGGAUUAUUUUUAUGAUGAUAUAAUAUUUGAUUUUAUUGGCAUGUGUAUAAUGCCUAAUAGAUACAUAUGUCUGGAUAUUGUUAUAUGGGUAUAUUAUUAUUAUUAUUAUUAUUAUUAUUAUUAUUAUUAUUAUUAUUAUUAUUAUUAUUAUUAUUAACAGUAUGCGAUACGUAUACACGAACGAAUCGGAACCGAACGCCUAUUUUGGUGGAAUGGGAAUCGCUCCACUUCGGUUCAAUGCGAUAUUUUGCUUGGGUUUAAACACGAUAGAAAUUAGGUUUUAAACUCUAUUUUCGUUCACCCAAAACAGAGAACCAACGAGAGAGAGAGAGAGAGCACGUAUACGGCGUAUACGGUACCGAAAACUUUCGUUUCUUCAAGCGGAGUGAAACCUGGGUGAACGUGGGGGUUUGGGAUCACUUAUAUACGACCUAAGGAAGCUUUUUAACGUGGUAUAAGGGGCGGAAGUCGUCGUUUUGAGAUUCGCCAUUUUUGAAGCUUCAAAGGUGCGGCUUAGUUACGGACUCGAAUUCGAACGUGUUUAAGCUUGUUCUUGGGUCAAGGGAGGUUAUAUUUGAGUGCAUGGGACCCUAAGGAUUGUUUUUGACGUAAGAAAACGAAGCUUUAACGUCCAAAACGAAAAUCCAAAAUUUUGGACUCCAUUAAAGACGGUACACCGCCAACGAAGAAGACAACCCCGAUCUGCCUUCUCGGACCACUUUUCUUGAUCGUUUUGAGGUCCUGAGCAUUGUGGAGAGCUUCCCCAAUCGAAAGGACGCUUCAAGAGCAAUCGGAGACAAAGUUACACUUUACCGGCGACGAAACCGACGAGAACGCCGGCGACCGCGUUCUGACCGUUUCUGAGGUAAGGGUAAGGCUAAGCAGUGAGAAUGAAGAGCUCGAGGCGUGGACCGCAUGUUAGGGGGCUGGCACAGUAUUUUGCUUUUAAUGUUUUUAACUGCUAAACAUUUUGGAACUAUUAUUUUGACUUAACUAGUUCUUAUUUAAGUUUACAGUACUAAAAGAAUUUUGUUUUAAACAAUGAGAUCUCAUGCUUGGAUAUUUUUCAAUAAAGAAGUAUUUGUUUGUCUUUAUCUUAUUAAAUUGUUUUAUACGGACUAUCCUAUGUGACAUCUCGGGAAAUCGGGGUGUUACAAUAUGGUACCAGAGCAAUACGGUCCUAAAGAUUGUGGUUAGCCCUAACAUGUAAAGUUCACCGCCAUGAGACGAGCUCGACUCACUGUACUGUAAGUGGUUAUUACUUAUAAUUAAGUUGCCUUGAAUUUCUGCAUGCGAGAGGGUAACAUUAUUUUCAUGUAAAAUUGAUGAUCAAAAUGAUCUUGAUGUGUAUUGGUUUGUGUGGUUCAGGAGUUUAGAAAUGCCUCCUACAAGGUCAGUUAGAGUGGGUCGAGGUCGAGGUCGAGGCCAAGGCCAAGGCCGAGAUGAUGGAGGGAUCAAUGAACCACCUCAAGCACCACAGGGAUGGGAAGAGCGCAUUGCCGCACUGGAAGGAAUCAUUCAUAGGCAGGAUGAAGAACUUCGUCAGCUGAGACGUCAACCGGAGCCGCCAGUCCAAAUAAGGCAGGAUGCAGAAAAUAGAGACCCACCAGCUGCAGUGGUAUAUCCUGCUACAGAGGCUAGACAUGAGUUGUUAGCAGAGAGAUUUCGAAAACAACACCCACCUGAGUUUGAGGGAGGCAUAGACCCGGUAGUGGCUGAGGAGUGGAUAAGUCGCAUAGAAAGCAUUUUGCAGAUGCUAAGGGUGGAUGGAAAUGACCGAGUGAAGUGUGCAUCUUACAUGCUGAGGAAAGAUGCUCGUAUCUGGUGGGAGGUGGUGGAACAAACAAAGGAUGUAGAUACCAUGAACUGGAACGAUUUCAAAAGGCACUUUAAUGAGAAGUAUUAUAACUCAGCAGUUCUAGCAGCAAAGGUCGAUGAAUUUACUGGGUUAGUCCAAGGGAGUCUUACUGUGACUGAGUAUGCACAAAAAUUUGAUAGAUUGGCGAAAUUUGCUCCGGAUACGGUACCUGCGAUAGAGUGCGAGCACAUCGAUUUGUGGAAGGCCUGA